AUGAAUAUGGCGACAACCUCAAAAUAUUCGUUGGGAGAAUUUAAUGUUCAUUUGGACAGAUCGAGCAAAAAACGACGAGGAAAGCCCAGAACAGAUCUCCUGAAUGUUGUUAGGCGUCGAGGAGGAGGCAAAGAUGCCUUUAAGGAGCUUAAGUAAGAUUUUAUAAACCAUAUUUAAAUUAAAACAUAGCUUUCGAUAGAAAUAUAAGAAUUCUUUGUUAGAAUUUCCAUUUUACUUUUUAGGUAUAACGAGCUCAGACCCAUGUACGAUUUGUGGUGUGGAUACUUCAAGAGUGUGUUAGAAGAAAUUCAUGACGAUUUAGAUCAACGUUUAGUAAAGUUGGAUUACCAUGGGUCGAUUUUAAUGGUAACAUCAGCUGAUAAUCCGUCGAUGGUAAGGUUUUUUUUAAAUAUUGUAGUUUUCUCUUUAGAUUGGAUUGAACGGAAUUGUUGUAUACGAGUCAAAGAAAACAUUCCAGUUGGUGACGCGAAAGAACAAACUUAUAGGUAUGCUUAUGAAAAUUGGUCAUGAGCAACGGGCCGGACCCAUCAUUUAGGCCCGGCCCGUUGCUGAGGUCUAGUUUUUUAAACGAUAUAGAUAAUUAAAUUUCAGAAGAUUUGAUAUUACAACAUUAAUGAUGGUUGUAUAAUUAUUUCCUUAUUUUAGUAAUACCCAAGCAAGGAUCCGUGUUUCAAUUUGUAUUCGCCAACAAGGUACACACCAUAUUUGGUGAUGCAAUGCAACAACAAUCGUAUCUUCGUGGUAAACGAGUCAAACAUCGAGCGACAUUAAAAUUUCUACUGAAAUAAUUGUGUGCCGUUUUCUCACUGUUUAUACUCGUUCUUGUUGGUUAGUGUAUCAAAUAAAUCGUUGAUCCGUUAGGUUGUGUGUUUUUUUCUUACUCAGGUUUUUCAUCCUUUCAAUAUAAAUGAGGUUUUCUAUGUAGACCAAUUAAUACGUAUAGGUUACUUUGUAAUUUAAAAGUUAUCUUUUGUUUACCCUUAACUUUUUAGAACAUCUGCACAGAAUUACAAUGGCUGACAUUCUCUCAAAAGCUCAUGAAGACCAACAGCUCUGUAGCAAAGUCAAGAAGUUCAUCUACCUGUAUUACGAAGCUUUGGACAUGAGAAAGGAGAAGAUACCAUACUUGUACAGUAGUGAUAACCCACAACUUAAUUGGAACGGUCAUUCGGUUCAAGGAAUCGACAAUAUCAGCCGAUUUAUCAAUGAAUUACCUGUCACAAAGCAUGAGUAAGUUGAUUUACCUAUGAUUAUUUGAAGAUUCAAUACUUUUUGAUUGGUAGUGAUAUCUUUACAUUUGCAACAUAUAAUAAUAAAUGUUAAAAACGUUUUAGAAUAACGAAAAGAACCUUUAAAUUGCAUCACUUUUAUAGUUUUAAUCAAAAAAAGUUGAUAUCAAAGUUCGCGAGACUAAUCAAAUAAUUUCAGUUUUGUUUCCGUCGACCCACAACCUUUGAAGACCGCCGGUCCAGGCUGGGCGUUAGUCAGUGUGAUGGGAGAGGUCAGCAUAGGCGGAUUGCAACAGUCAUUCACCCAUGUCUUCGUACUCAACUCGGAAAACGACUCAUUCCAUAUCAAAAACGACCAAUAUCGUUUUAUCGACUGA